AUGAACGAAUUCUAAACAUUCAUAAUUAGUUUGGGAGAUAAAUAAAAUACUCCUAUUUCUGAUGAGUAUAGAAAAUAAUUUAAAAUAAGAGGAGAAUUCAUAUAUCCAUCGAAUAAAAAGUUUGAACAAAUUUGUAAGAGGUUUAAUAUAAAACUUAUUUAUAGUUUUUUAGAAGAUGAAAAAUUACGGUGCAAAAGAAAAUGGGACAAUUCUUUUAAAUUGUUUUUGAUUUGGUUUCUAGUUAAAUAUUUUGAGAAAUAAAGCCAUCUUACUAUUCAUCCGGUAUCAUGAGAAAUUCAUCAUAGGAUGAGAAUGACUGGGUAAAUUUUGAAAACAUUCUUAAAAUUGACAGACAUUCAUUGAAGUAACGAUGGAUAACAUUAAUAAAUCCAUAGAUGAAAUCAAUCAACUGGCUUUCAGAAGAAGAUGAAUUCAUUAAAACUUAAAUGAAGUAGUCGAAUAUAUUUAAGAUUAGCUAAAAACAUAAACAUAUAUGGACCUAAAUAGCUGUCUCAUUAUAUGAAAAAAAUCUAUAAGGCAAUAUUCGCACUCCUAAAUAAAUACGAGAAAGAUGGAUGAAUUAUCUUAAUCCAGAAUUGAAUAAGUAGAAUUAUUAUUUUAUUUUCCGAGAGAUUAAUGGAUGCUCAAAGAAGAUUUGAUUAUUCUUAAUAAUGUAGUCAAAAAUGGAAAGAAAUGGUCUUAAAUUUCAUAAUAGUUAAAUGGAAGAACAGAAAAUUAAGUAAAAAAUCGGUAUUAAUUUUUACCAUAUCAAGUUAUAAAUCAUUAAUUCACAAAAUAUGCAAAGAUGAUGAAUGCGAUGAAAUUGACAUGGUUAAACAAUACAUAAGAAAAAAGUAAUUUAAAUAAAAUAAUUAAUUCUAGUUAAGCUCAUGUAGAUUCUAAUAAAUAAGGAAUUGUAGGUAAAAGAGGCAGACAUAAAAAAGGCAUAAGAAAUAAAGAUUAAAGUCUUGAAUCAAGAAAAUUAAGAAAUCUUCCUAAGAUUAUAAAAUAGGAAGAAUAAAUAUCGCACCAAUCAUUUAUUUAACCAGUUCAACCGAUAAUUAAAUAAUAAUAAUAAUAACAAUAACAAUAACAAUAAUAAUAAUAAUAAUUAUUAUUAUUAUAAUAAUAACAAUAAUAAUAAUAACAAUAACAAUAAUUAUAAUUAUAACAAUUUCAAUAAUAAUAAAAUUAGUAGAUAUAAUUGUAAUAAUUACAAUAACAAAUGAACUUUAAUAAUGAAGAAAUGAAAAUAGCACUGAAUUUACAGUCAAAUUUCCUUUAAGAGGAUAUAAAAAAUGCAACACCUUUAAUGAUGCUAUAAUGUUUAACAUCACCAGGAUAUCAGUUCUUGGAGAACUAAUUCUUAAAAUAAUUAUCUCCAGGUAUGGUUGAAGAAGGAGAAUGCCAUUAAAAUUCUUCUUUACAAAUACCAAAAUUAAAUAAUAUUUAUAAAGUGAGUUCUACAUCUCCUUUUUUGUUACCUUCUAUGUUACAAUCCCCAUUUUGGAAUAAUGAAUAAUAUAUGCAAUAAAAUGAUGAAUAGAUUCCUCCUCCCUAAUAAACAUAAGCAUUUCCCCAGUAGAUAUCUACUACUCCAUUUUUGAAUAUAGGUUAUCUAAGAUAACCUUAAUUAAAUGGUUUUUCAAGCAAAAAAGAAUUAGACUUAUUAUAAGAGAACCCAAUUUAAUAAUUUAAUAAAAGAAGAAAUCUUAACUAAUAGUGA